CCCGGCACCCGGCACCCGGCACUGUGUUGGCUUGGCGGUGCCGGCACCCCAGCAGUCCCAACACGCAGUUUGACGUAGUUGGAUUUCCAAGAAAAAUGAAACACGUCUCCGCUGGAGCCGAGAUAAGUAAAAUGAGUAAAAUCAGUAAAAUUUAGCUUUACUCUGCUCAGAAUGAUACAAUUUUAAUAAUCUUUGAGACGGAAUUAAGUAAUUAGUGCCCGUUAGUGCGAGUACAAAAAAGUUGACGUCUUGAAAUUAACGAAUUACUUUAUCAAAAGUUAGAGAUUAUGUUGGCGUUUCAUAUUGCGAAACUUCUUUUAAUAUAAAAUCAAUUUGACUUUUGAUUGAAAUACUUCUAGUUUUGACACUCUCUUUUUAUAGAUAUCCGGAGAAUAAUAGCGAGAUGUGGUUCAUCAGUUACAUCUUGGAUUUAAUGGUCCUUGUUUCUAACAAUGAACAUACACAAAACAUUUAUGUACCAAAAAUAGGGCAUGGAGUGCUCGAAAGUGUCGAAGUUAUUGGUGAACCGCCUGAUACCCUCAAUCUCUCGGGUUUGGGCAUUGAAUCUAUCGCUGCUGAUGCAUUUGUGGAUUUGAUUCAUGUCAAGAUGAUAAAUCUUGCAAACAACUCAUUAUCCUCUCUGCCUCAAUCAAUCUUUUCAGAUCUCCACCAACUGGAAAGUGUUUCUCUUGAGAACAACUCUAUAGAAUUCUUUGAAUUUCAGCCGUUUUCCGGGUUGAGUAAUCUCAAGCAUCUGAAUAUUUCAAAUAACCCUGUAAAACUGUUGCUCGAAGGAUGUUUAUAUGGGCUUAGUAAGACAACAAAUAUAUCAACUCGAUUUACCAAUGGAAUCUCAGUGCUUCGUACCCUUGUAUUCGAAAAUAUCAAACCUCAAAAACCACGUUCAUGCACCGCUUGUCCUAAAGUGGCAACAGUUACGGAAUUGGAAAAGGGUGUAUUCGAAUCCACGUCACUUGAGAAGUUGUAUUUGAAAAAUAAUUCAUUGCGCUAUAUAACAAGUGGUGAUUUUGCUGGUCUCCGUAAUUUAAAAGAAUUGGAUUUGUCGAACAAUAAAAUUGAACGACUGGAUACUGGUAUUUUUCAGUCAAUGUCUCUUGAUACAUUGUAUUUGAAUAACAAUUCAUUGACGCACAUAAAAAGUGGUGAUUUUGCUGGUCUCCAUAGUCUGAUAAAAUUGGAUUUGUUGAGCAAUAAAAUUGAACAACUGGAGAACGGUGUUUUUGAGUCCACGUCUCUCAGGUUCUUGUAUCUGCAAAAUAAUUCUCUGAGCGAAUUGAAUGGUGAAGAAUGUUCUGGUCUCAAUCGUCUGUCUACUUUGGAUUUAGCGGGUUACAAAAUCUUGAAAAUUGAAAAAGGAUUUGCGAAAUAUUUGAGUAACGUCACAGACUUAAACCUUUCUAAUAAUCCUUUUAAACAAUUGGAGAAUGGUGCUUUAUUUGGUUUAACCAAAAUCAAGCAUUGCUCCAUUAUUUUGGGAAAUAUUCAGCUCGAGCUCUUACAAGGGGGUAUGUUUGACGAUUUGUGAUCAAAUUCACUCAUACUUGAAUCUAUGAAAUGAUGUAUCACCGUUUUUGUACCAUAAUUAUUUUACGUACUGUUACACUUUUUCUACAUUCGAGAGAAAUAAACAUAUUUUAUUUACCA